GAAGCGGGCUGGCGCACUUGGCGAGAUCCCGGCUGUGUAAUCCGGCCGAGUCCAUUACAUAGAUAAAUGGGAUGGGCAUUUUCCAUAUAAUAAGCUCGCUCAGCUCGCUUACCAGGAUGAAGUCAAGAAACCGAAUUUUAGAUUUUAUCGUUUAAUUUAGCGAUUUACUUAGUUUUAUCUUUGUUUUGUAAACAAGUAUUAAAUAUGUUGCCAAAGCAAUGCUUUUCUUGUAAAUAAAUUAAAAAAUGAAAAACACCAAACUCGUUAAAAUAUUUGUGAUGCAUGACUGCAAUGUACAAGUUUUGCAAGCGCUAAUUAUGUCUCAAUUUGAUCACUAGCUUGCCGAGGUGAAAUUACAAUGCAGUCAAUUUUAAAAAUUCCAUAUGAACACACGGAAAUGUUCGUCCCACUAGGCGAGACGUCUCAGUAGGCGAGAUUUACCUUCCAUAAUUUUCAUGAUUUCUACAGCGUCACCGUACGGCAUGGGCGCUGCUGGGAUUUCUGGAAGACUGGCAUCAUCGGGAGAUAUUCUGUAAACGCCGUCAAUAGAUGGCAGUCCAGGUGUUAUAGGAUCUCCGCGACUGGUAAAAAUAGUUCCCCGUUGAACAGCAGUCUUUGGCAACCAGAUGUAUUGAGGGUAUACUUUGCCCUGACCUUCUGGGGCAAAGUCUGCAGGAUCGUUGUACAAAAUGGCACCAGCGGCACCGCAUUCGCGAGCAUUUUUUACCUGAGGAGGAAGGAAAAUGUGCAGUUUUCUUAUGGCGACGCAACCGUGAGCAAUUUUGAAUCACUUCUUUGAACAAGCGGCCCAAGAUAAAAAUAAAAUAAAUACCUUGUCACCGCGGAAUAUUUUGCCGUAUCUCAUAAUGGCAAUGUAUCCACUACAGUUUGAAAUGCUAAAGUUCUUCUUUAAUACAUCAAAGUCCUCCGUGCGGCCAUAGUUCACAUAAAGCAGCUUGCCACUAGCUGAUCCUUGUUUCGAAUAUCCAAGAAAUGGAGGAAUCAUUGUCGUAUCAUUUUCACUUGGAUCUGCCAACUUCGAUAUCCAAAUAGAAUGAUGCACAAGAAUGCAAUAAAUUUGUGUCGAAAUAUAUUUCAAGAGCUUUUUUAUAAAGAUAUUCGUUUAGUGUAUGAAUAGUGUUAAAAAGAUGGCGAUUCUACAUUUUAUUUCGAGGCAAUUAAUGAGGCUACAAUAUGAUUGCAACGGGUAUGAUAUAGAUAAUAAUGGUAAAAGAGAUAAUGGCAAUUACGAUGAUAAUGGUGAUGGUAGACUGGUAGUAAUGGUGAUAUUGAUCAUUAAUAAUAUAUGGUGAAAAUGUUGGUGAUAAUAUUGAUGAUGAUGUUGAUGCUGCAUGUGCUGAUAAUGGUCAUACUUUUGAUAAUGGCGAUAGUGACGAUAAUGAUGAAGUUUGUAGUGAUGAUGAUUCUGUUAAUGAUGCCAAUGCAUGCAAUGAUGGCAAUUAUUACUGCAAAACGAAACACACCUAAAACAUACCUGUUCCUUCCCGGAAAACUCAAGCACAGUGUUGUUUCCAGUAUCUAAAAUUUGUACUUUAUUUGAAAUAUUUGGAUUAACAUAAGGAAGAAGAACAUUAUAUUUUGGCAUUUCCACUUUGUCGAAAUUAUAAUCCUUCCAAGUUCUAGCGAUUUCUUCGGCCAACUCUUUGGAUCUCGCUGUUCCAGGAAAAUGGGGACGCUUAGAAAAAUACCUUUUCAAAAUUACAUAAAAACAGUCAUGUAAUUUAAAAUUUAGAACAAACAUUGAAAAGAGUAUUGCAUAACAAAAAAAAUUUGUCCACCUCCAGAUCCUUCUGAACAGUAGUUGUUGUUCGAUUAUAAUCUUUUUCGUACAGGGACGUGCUCAAAAGCGCAGAAGCCCUGGGUACGAGGUUGGGACGUGCUGGGGUCUCAGAAAAGGACGACGAAUGAGCAACGUCUGAUGGGACCCAGGUCCAGUGACGGAUGGAUCACUCAUUAAUUUCCCCCCCAAAAUUGUUGGCGAGGGGAGUCAAAAAAAUUCCAGACAUAGUAUUUUUCAAUAACUUUCGAAUUAAUGUACCGUAAAUUUUUUAAAUUUUUUGGUAAUAUUUUCGUAAAUCUUGAUUUUCAAAAUUAAAAUGUAUAUUUUUUAUCUUUUCCAAUGUUUUAAUUUCAGGGCCCCAUGAUGGCAGGGGCCCACAACAAGUUCUCGUCGGCUCGUCUUUAGCCAGCACGUCCCUGGUUUUGUACCCGAUUUCACAAAGAAAGUUUGCAUUUCAAAGAAAUUUUGUGAUACAUUGAUUUUUGAAUAUGAUAAGUAGAAUGCAAAGUGAGUAAACAGUUGCUUAUAAUAUAGUUGUUAUAAAAUAAAAAAUAAACCUAAAGGACUUUCAAGCCACUAAAAUGGUUAGCCAGUUGUACAUGUGGUGAAGUUAAGUAACUUUUUCUAUUUAAGUAACUUUUGUAAGUUUCAUUUUGUCACAAACAGGGCCAUGCAUAGCUAGACACGAUAAUUGUGGGGUGUAUAUUCAUAUAUAUUCAUGUUCACAUUCCGCAAAAACAAUCGCUUCACAUACCGUAAAAACAAUGCUCGUGUUGAACAUGAUAUCUCACGAGUGAGCGCAGCGACACUCGAAAUAAAUCUGGUAUUUCCGCUCACCCAUGUAUUAUUAUUCUCUAUAUAUUUACUUUAUAAGCUCCCAAAAAUCCAAAAUAAGGUAAUUGAGUAGCCCCUCCGCAGGCAACUGUGUAGUUAUGCAACGUUAUUAACCAUAAAAGAUUUAUCAGGAACGUAGAAAAUACAAGGAAAUACUAGUUCUGAAAUACGAUAUGAUAUCCACAAGCCUCCCUAUUUUUACGCUCCAGUGUUUAUUAAUAUCAUAUCGUAUUUCCUUGUAUUUUCUACGUUCCUGAUAAAUCUUUUAUGGUUAAUAACGUUGCAGAACUACACAGUUGCCUGCGGAGGAGGCUAGUAAUUGAGCUUAAUUAAUUAGGCACUUGGUCCAGCGGUUAGUUGGCUAGCCCCUUGCUACUAUAUUGGCCUUCGCCCUUUGGUUUCACUCAGUCAUACGUGAAGAAAUUAUUAAUACCAAACAUUAAUACUGCGGAAUCGAUCUAGUACGGCAAUAUGGCAAAAUAAACAGUAGUUUCACGGAAACAAUUUUUUCUCAUCUCCAUCUUUCUUUUUCUGCGCUGUCAGAAAUAUGAUGCAACUACCUGAAAGAUAAAAGCGAAACUUCGACGUUUCGAGCGAAUGCGUCGGGAAGAUAGUAGCAUAUAGGACGUUAGCACGGCUACAAACGAACUCGUUGAACUUUAACCUGUCGUCUGUAAAUCUGUUAUAUCCAUCGUAUGAAUUAAUACCUUCUAACGAUCGAGGUUAAGACAAGGAUUUAGGGUUGGGAAGAGUUCUAGGAUCAAUUUGAAAUAACCGUUGUCCCAGCUUGUAAUCAUAGCCGUUGUAUACAAGACGUGAUAAUCUGUGAUAUGCCGGCUGCGAGCAGGGGCGCACACGCCAGCCAAGCUGGGAGGGUGACACCCCCCCAGCUUUUCAAAAUCGGUCGAAAGUCGGUCCUGAAAAAUGCAUAUUAGAUAACCAGUUCGGUCCCAGGUUCGGUCCCCGAACAUCCGAUAUACUAGAUAGAUAUAUUUAUAUAGUUAAGAUAAAUUAAAGUUUUUCAUCGUUUUUUAUCAUAUUUAUAUAUAAAUAUAACUGCAUUGGUAAAUAAAAUAGCGAGUUUCAAAGGCAAACAGCGCAUUUUGAUUUUUGAAAUUUGACCGGCAUUUUCCGGGUGCAAAGUGCUUUGAGAGACAGACUUGACAUUAUCUUUUAACAAUGUCUCAUAUGUUUGACCCGGCGGCUGGCACAUCAAACACGCAGUCGUUAAAUCAAGAAAAUACUGGUCUUACGAAAAUACUGGAUGGUUGGCACUAAGGUCUAAGAAGACUAGUAAAGACUGAGAAAGCGUCAACGGUUCUGAAAUUCAUUCUAGGUAUGUUCCGUAUACUUAUGCUGAAUUGGCCAUAUUAUAAUUUUGGGAUAGGUAAUAGGACCUCUACAUACGUCUCGAACCUCUCGUAGUCUCGUUUGUGGCUUACUUUAUAGGCCCUCUUUACACGAGCCCGGGAUGAUUUUCAACCCGGGUCACCCCACAGGUGGUUAUUUUUUGUUCGGUUUACAUGAAACCGGGUUGACGAAAAUUUUUGCCGACCCAGGUCAGCAAUUUUCAACCCGGGCUGGCUCUGGUAAUAUUCCGAGCAACAGACUGGAGCAGAGCGUAUUUUGGGGGCUUAUAUUCCUUAUAUACGAUUGUCGCUUGUGAUUUUAAUUGUGUUGUGUAAUUUCCUGUACCUCUAUUUAGUCAACGGUUUUCUUAUAUCCUAGUCCUCACAGGGUCUGGAAAGUAAACCAUGCCGUGAUAGAAAUAUGUGAACUCACCCACGUGACGUUGAGCGGGUUCGAUACCCGCAUUUUGGAAUCAUCACCCGCGUAAAAAAUGACACUUAAUUAAUUAUUUCACCCGCAUUCAUUGAAAUUCACUCGCAUAAUCAGAUGAUAAUUCUCCGUAGGAGAUUUCGUAGGAGCGGAGGCAAUGCUGAACUAGCCUUGCGCUUAUUUUAUUUAGUUUUGACCGAACGGUUGCGAUUUUACGAAACUUUGCGAAACUUUUAUUUAUUUCCUUUUGUACGAAACUUUGCGAAACUAUUAUAUUUAACGCAACGAAAAUGGGCCGUUACGAUGCAUGUAAUGCCUGCAGUGAGAUAAUUAGUAUUAAAAAAAGUUCCAUCGAGAAGCACGUCCAAUCGAAAAAACAUGUAAACGGAAUUGCAAGCAUCGCCAAAAGCAAAAAGGAGAACCAGACUAUUUUGGAGUGUUUAAAAAAGCAAGAUAUACGCGAUCGUGCGAGCGGCUCAACUUUACCUGAGGAUAUGAGGCUGUUUCGUUUUGAACUAGUAGAGACGUUUCUGCUAGCUGGUAUAGAAAUUUCAAAGAUUGACAUCAUGCGUCCUUUUCUUGAAAAGUAUGCUCGGCACAGGUAAUAAAUGGGACAUUAGCACUAGAAUAUAAUGUUGUAAUUUGAUAAAAGAUCUCUAAGACCUUAUGUUAAAUGGAAUUUACGAUGUGGUGGUUGCUGCAUCUUGGGUAGGUGUGGAAAACACAACACCACGUAUCAUGAUUAAUGUGUAAUUGAAUAGUGGUUAAAUAUUCAUUGAUUAUAUAGGUUAACCGGCGCUAGCCACAUGAAAGAUAUCAUUCCAACGGUACUUGAGAAAGAACGCGAGAAAAUCAAAGCUGAAAUCCAAAACGUGCAGGAAGUAUCUAUGAUAUUUGAUGGAACAGCCCGACUUGCAAUUGUGAUACGUUAUGUGCAGGAGAAUUUCAAGCCUACGCAGCGCCUAAUAUGCUUGGAAGUUCUUGCAAAGCCGCUAAAGGGUUCAAAACUAGCGCAGCGAUUGAUGUCGUGUCUUGCCGUAAAUCAUAACUUUGGUCCAAAUAUGGUACUCGCCACAAUGAGAGACGGCGCUGCAGUUAAUGGGGCUGCAAUACGACAGCUGUCAUUCUUUUAUCCUAACAUUUUUGAUGUUACUUGUUUUUCUCAUACCAUUGAUAAUGUGGGAACCCAUUUCAAAUUUAGAGUUCUGGAUAUAUUUUUUCGCCAUUGGAUAAGUUUGUUUGCCAAUAGCUAUAAUGCCAAACUUCUUUGGAAAGAGAGAACUGGCCAAUCAAUGCGCUCUUACAGUAAUACACGAUGGUGGAGUAAGUGGGAGGUCCAAAAACAAGUCUAUGAAUAUUUUGGUGAUGUCGUGCCCUUCCUGCGAGAAAAUGAGAAUCUCUCCCCUGCAACACGCCAACAUCUUUUGGAGAUAAUUGACAACCCUCGCAAUCUUCAGGAUCUCCGUUUGGAGCUUGCUGUAAUUGUUGACGCUGGUGUCCAAUUUGUCAAGGCAACCUACUAUUUGGAAGGUGACGGGCCGUUAAUUUUCUCCUGUUACGAGCGUUUAUCAGCUGUUAGUAAUGCCAUUGGAGUAGCCAAUUUUCCAAGCACCUCUGCUAUUGCUCGAGAAAUUGCCAACGGUGACGUUGUGGUUCAAAACCAGCUCAUUACUCAGGCAAAAGCAUGUGUGCAACCCGGACUGCUCUUUUUUCAGGAAAA